AUGACUUGAGUAUCAUCGGUAGUUUUGCUCGCAUGGAUCCUGGAACGAACUGUUCGUUCCUUGGUGAAGUGAAGGCUACGGACCCUCUAGCAUUCCUCAAACUAAAUGAACCUUGGACGGAGAAACCGUUUUCUCCAUGGAAACCUGGAGAUGCGUUCUCCCAGACAGAUGAUUGGUUGAACCCGGAGCAUCAAUCCAUCAAGGAGGGGAAACAAAUCAGAACCUGGAACCACAAGUCUCGACGAUGGUAUUACCACACGGCAGAGGGAGAAACCACAAAUGGUAUCACAGGAACAUUUGUGGUCGUAAUACUAAUUGUACUGCUGUGGAUCUACUCUAUGUACAGAAUGUGGAUUGUUUGGGCAUACACACUCAACUUUGAUCAGGCAACAGUUGCAAACCCAAAGGGUUGGGAUUUCCUAGUAUCCUGGCUCUCAAGCAGAAUAACAACCAAGAAAAGAAGAAGCAGAAAAAAAGGCUGUGUUCAGGACAUAGAGAGGCACAGGGAGAUAUUAGGCCAUUUAUUGGAGACUAAUGAAGUAAAAUCUGAAGGAGAAGAUCACAAUGAAGAAAAUGCUAAAAGUGAAAAUGUAAUCCAAGAUCAGUAUUAUUCUAAACACAAACAAUUCAAAAAUUAUAAUUUGUCCGAGGAAGAUGAGAAGAAGAGAGAGUUUAGGGCGUGUUCUGAAUACAGAAAUAAUAUAAAAGGAUCUGUGUCUGAUAUAAGCUGGUUCCAGCAGCCCACCAGGACUAGGAGAGAGAGCUACCGACAAGGAAGCAGCCACACAAACCCGUCAAUCCUUAAAUCCUUUCCAUCCUACAAUAAUUCAUACCCGGAGAGAAGACCGUCAAUCCUCAAGUCUUUUCCGUCCUACAACGAUACCCCCCUGGAGAGGACGUUGUCCAGGUCUAGUUCAAGUCAAGACUUCUCUCCCCAGGUCUUUUAUCAGGUUCAUCCGGCACAAGUUCACGUUCAGAUGCGGCAACAGAGACAAAGGAAAAGUGCUUCAGUGCAACAUCUAGUAGAACAGCAGCGGCUGAGUUUAGGUCCAAAUACAGUUUCAGAUUUACAGAUUAAAGAGAGAAGAUUAUCUUAUCAUCAGAAACCAGAAGAUGAACCUAUCCGGGAUAUCAGGGGCGGAGGCCAACACCUCCCUCCAGACCCUCAUGGAGUAGUUCGGUUUAACAAAAAUCCUCUAAACCGACGGAGGUUUGACACUUUUCAGAAUACGGGUUGGGGAUCUCUGGAUAAAUAUACUGGAGAGAUGAGAUAUCCUAGAUUAUCUAGAUCUAGUUAUUACGCAGAUCAGGGUUCUACUUCUAGGAACCUACGACGAGCCGAUUCAAAUCAAGAUGAUUACUUUACACCUGAAGAUAGUAGUGCGCACAGGAUGCGCGUAAAGAAAUAUUUGAAUGCACGUGAAUCCAAUGAUUAUAUGCGAAUGACAGUGCGCUCAGAAAGUCCCCAACCUCUCACUUGCAAUCAAUAUUUAGAAAUUGAUUAAAAAGUUGUCGGUUAAAAGAUAAUUCUACAUUUCACUGCUAUGUUAUAAAAAGUACCCACAUAAUCUACAGCUGGCGUGUUUCAAUAAACAUAGGAUUCUAAUAAAGACUUCUGAAUCGUAAUACACGUAGUAUUCUUCGAAAAUUUCGUUGCAAUGUAUUCAAAGCGAAAAAAAAAAUUUCAAAGAUGUAUAAGAUGUUGUCUCCAUGUUUUCUAUCUUUUUAGAGCAACAAAUAACUUUUCCAAUUGAAAAAAAAACCUAUUUAUUCUUGACCAAACAAAACUUUUUAGGUCGUAUUGUUGUAAAUCGGACCUUACAUUCUAUAAAUGAAGCUUAGUUUAAAAUUAAGUUUAAAGUCCCUUUAAAUUAAAAUAUAAUGUGUUCAAACAUUUCUUGUGACACUCCAUAUGUGACGUUUAUCCCAACUUAAUCAUGAAAUGAAAUAAAUGUUUAGAAAUGCCAAACAAAAAAAUCUAAUUCCUUCCAAGCUUUGAGAAACCAAUUUUCAAAAAAGAGAGUAAUUUUCUUUAAAUAUUUGUUUAAUAUUUAACAAUUUUUCGACCAAUGAUAAAAUGUCUAGAUGAGUACUCUAAUGUGUAACGACAAAUUUGUGUUAAUGUGUAAUGUAAUGUAUUAAUAUGUAAUUUUAUAGAUAUAACAAAUAUA